AUGCUGUCUAUGAACCGCUUUACCCUUCAGCUGCGUCGAAGCGCUGCCGGGGUCACCGUCACUUCGCUAUCGUCCUCGCGGAGUUCGAGUCGAAUUUGGGGCGCCACUUCGGCUCUCGCAACGUCGUCGAUCACACGCGCCGCGGACGAGCACGAAAAGAUUGGAGGGGUACGUCUCACCACCAUGGUAUACUGUCUAGGGUGGAACUCACUUCGCUCUCUAUUGCCGCCGCACUGAUGCAGACGCAACCGGCCGAAGUCGAGGGGCCGAUUGCUAAGCGCCUUCACUUUGUCGGCGAUACGCUGAACCAAGUCAAGGAUGCCGCGACCAAGACGAUCAAAGUGAGAUCUCUUGGCUCCGGUUCGUUCCCCACGCACUGAAUACGGUAGUUGACGCUGAUGCCGGUGCGUGUACUGGGUGUCUAUCGGCAGGAGACGACGGGACAAGCGACCGACGAGUCGGAAGAGCGAUUGUUCGAAUCGCGCGACGAGAUUCGCAGAGAAAUCGACAAGGGCAAGCAGCAGGGCGUGACGACGAGGGAUGUGAUGGACAAGAAACAGAGGAGGGACGACGUGUGA